AUGCCAAAUUCCGAGUUGUCCAAGCUGAGCUGCGACCACUGCGGCUGUUUAGGGGCACUCCUCCAAUGUGGCCGAUGUAAGGAGGUGGCAUACUGCAACUUUACCUGCCAGAAAAAUGGAUGGAAGCUGCACAAGCUCUGCUGCGGCAAGGCAGCUGCAGCACCGCAGCAGGCGAGCAAAAGCAAAGCCGCAACUCCUCUGCCAGAGUCAGGGAAGCCGGAGCCGCCAGCGGCUCCAAAGGCGCCGAAGGUGGAGUGGUCCUCCUCCGCCGCUCCACUUCGAACGCUGCCCCGGGUUCGAGUGGCCAAGUUGGGGACCUAUCGGCCCAAGGUGGAGGACUUCUUCGACCGUGGGGACCUCGAACCUGGCUUGGCAGUAGCCGGGAAGCCGAAGAAGAGUUCGGGCUCGGGUGGCUCUGACGCCUUCAACUACAGCAAGUGGGAUAAGAUGGGGGACAGCGACGACGAGGGGAAGAAGACGAAGGUUUUCGGGACCUCACACCGGCAACCCAUGCAUGGACAGCCGAUGGGCGCGACACCGGCCCGCAAUCCAAAAGCGGACGGGAACAGCCGUGUGUCCACGGCCCAAUCUAAGCAGGAAGCCAGGUCGGCCCUCGAAGAGGCCGAGAAGUUCCUGCAUGCCGUUGCCGCCGAGGUGUUGCAUCAAGCAGGCACGAUGGGACCAGGCAGCGUUUGGGCUUUGGGGCCGGAAGGAGAGAAGACUGCCCGUCGGUGCAUCCGGAUCCUGAACAAAGACGUCCUGCCUGUCCUCCCUGAUGACUCCUUGGCCACGUUCUUGCACGGCUCGGCAAAUUAUUUUCUUCGUCGUGCCACAGAUGCGCGCGACCACGAGAAGUCGAAGGUGGCAGCUUCCGCAAAAGCCUCGCUGCUGCAGGUUCACCGUGAUGCCACGCUCAACGAGGCGUACAGGGAGAAUGCCUGCGACUUCUUGGCAGCCCUCUUCGAAGACGAUGGGGAGUUGCAGAAAGCUAAAGAGAUGGAGCGCAUGGUGGAAUCCUACCGAAAUGGUGAGGGAGGAAAGGUGGAAGCAUCUGAUAGCCAGCCCCAAACGCCAGUUCCGAGUUCCUUUGCUGUCGCCCGAUCCUUCGACAGCCAGGGUUGUUGGUCGGGCUUCGCAACAUGCAGAUGGCAGGGCCGGAGGGUUCGUCAACGGCACAUCAGAGCAAAGCAGGAACAGAAUAUCAGCAUGCGCUUCGAGGGCUACGGCACCAAAGAUGUAGACACUAUUUGUGCGGCGAAAGAGGGCUACGGCGCAAAAGGCGUCGACACCAUUUGCAAGGCGAAAGCCAUUCCGUCUAUAGAAGAGGUUUUAGCUCAGUUAGAUCGGGAGGACGAAGAGGAGAUCGAAGAGCUUCUGUAUUAA